CUGUCUUUGUUGCUUUGUUGUGCGACUGUAUCUAUACAAUUUCUUGCCUCAUUGUCUAAGUUGCAUCACAAAGUGAAACAAGGAAGAGAUAGCUUGAACCACACGUUCUUCUUCCUAUAAAGAAACUUAUUUUCUUCAAAUCCACAAGACAAAAACUGUUUUGGUUAAGAGAAUGGAAAUAAUGAAGUCGAGAUUCAAGAGGGUUUGUGUGUUCUGUGGAAGUAGCAGUGGAAACAGAGAGUGUUACAGAGAUGCUGCCAUUGAUCUAGCUCAAGAGCUGAUUACGAAGAGACUGAAUCUUGUGUAUGGGGGAGGAAGCAUUGGUCUCAUGGGUUUGGUCUCACAAGCUGUUCAUGAAGCAGGAUGUCAUGUGCUAGGGAUCAUACCAAGGACUCUUAUGGACAAAGAGAUCACUGGAGAAACAUAUGGUGAGGUAAGAGCUGUGGCAGAUAUGCAUCAAAGGAAAGCUGAAAUGGCAAGCCACUCCGAUUGUUUCAUCGCAUUACCAGGUGGGUAUGGAACACUGGAGGAGUUGUUGGAAGUAAUAACAUGGGCACAACUUGGAAUCCACGACAAGCCUGUGGGUUUGUUAAAUGUGGAUGGUUAUUACGAUUACCUCCUCACCUUCAUUGAUAAAGCCGUUGAUGAUGGCUUUAUCAAGCCAUCUCAGCGUCACAUCUUUGUCUCUGCCCCUAAUGCCAAAGAACUUGUUCAAAAACUUGAGGCAUAUGAGCCUGUGAGUGAUGGAACAAUAGCAAAAUCAAAGUAGGAAGCUGAGAAGAAAGUGCAACAGCCGCAACAACAACAACAAGUAGUGUUCUGUUCUAACACAAGCAUCCAGACUGAGAUUGCUCUUUAGACUUUUAGAGGGUCUUUGUCGAAAGAGUAUUCAAGGUCCAUGGAUAAAAGUCAGUGGGAAUUAUAAAGUUUGUUGUACUACAUAUUAUUUUGCUUCUAUCAACUAAACUUCUAAUUUAGAUUAAGAAAAUGCUGCUACAAAAUUCCAAUAUUCAGAAGAUUAAAAGUUGCAGAUUGCCCUUAAUUCAAUCAAUGAAAACUUUUCUUCAGAG